AUGUCCUUAUAUGGCAGGGGAGGUGAUAAACCACAGUCGUACUGGGAAAUGACGCCGGAGCAGCAGGCCCAGUACGGUGCAGAGCAGCUCAUGAAGCUCAUGAACAGCUGCCCAGGCAAGACUGCUAUUUCCGGCGUCACUGGUUUCGGUUUGGGUGCCGUUUUCGGACUGUUUAUGGCGUCCAUGUCUUAUGACACGGCAAUGGGCACUACAGAGGCCGCCAAAAUUGCCCAUUUGCCGUUCAAACAGCAAAUGAAGAUCCAGUUCAGUGAUAUGGGCAAACGGUCGUGGUCUUCGGCAAAGAACUUUGGCUUUAUUGGCGGCGUGUUCACGGGUGUGGAGUGCUGCAUCGAGUCGCUGCGAGCUAAAAACGAUAUUUACAACGGUGUGGCCGCCGGCUGUAUAACGGGCGGCGGUUUAGCUAUCAAGAGUGGUCCUCAGGGCGCCCUGUUUGGUUGUGCAGCCUUCGCUGCGUUCAGUACCGCCAUCGAAAUGUACAUGCGAUCUGACGCCAAGCCCCCACCCACCAGCGAUGAGGACAUGUGA